AUGUCCGCAAUGCAGAAGCAGCACCGGCGUCCCGAGUCGCCGUCAGCAGCAUCCUCACCGCCAAAGCUGACGACGAGCAGACAUCCGCUCCAACGCUCGUCCAGCGACCACCCUCGAUCACCCUCGGGUGCCCAAGCCAAGUCGCCGACCACCUCCUCGAAUCUCGCCGCAAACACCACAGCAACAGCAGCCACUGCAGCAGCGGGAGACAGAGGAGAAGGAGGAGGGCGAAGCAACAGCGACCUCCUGCUGCAGUCGAGCCAGCCACGUCCUCGCCCAGGGUCAGCCCAGAGCACGCGCAGUGAUGGCGGCAGGGUCAGCCCUCUUGUGCACCGCAGCAACAGCGUCGUGCACCACGCGCCAACGGUUCCAAAGGAAGAUCGCGAGGCGUUUGUCAACGAGUCAAUUCGCCUCUGCUUGGCUGCCCGCCCCGCAGAGCGCACCCAAACAGAAGCCACCAUCACCGUCGCUGCAGACACCAUCGAGUGCACCGCAUACGAGCCCGACCCAACGGUUGGCACGGUCGUGCACGGCCGCAGUGGCCGGGCCACGCCAACCAGCGGCGGUGACACGCCGUUUCUGGGUGCGCGUGGUGAUGGCGUUACCUGUGGCUCUGGAGAUGGCCAUCACCAUCGGCACAGCAUCGACACCGCUGGUGAUGUGCAAGGUGCAGCCGGCGACAGCUCGAAGCAGCACAGCCGCGUCCUGUGGGGGUGUGCGCAGCGGCAGGCCAUGUUCUUCAGUGCCGGCAGCCGCAACCGCCAGCACGACUGCUUCGUCAUGGUGCGCACGCGGCAUGCGGAUGUGGUGGCGGAGGUGUUCCAGGCGCCCUCCGCGGAUCAGGCCGCAGAAUGCAUGGAGACGCUUGCAUCUGCGUUUGGCGUGGCGUCCAACCUUGGCCAGCGGCGCAUCAAGCAGCAACGACGACAGCAACAGCACCAUAGGCAGCAGGAGGGGGCGACGAAUGACACGCAGGCGACGCAGCAGCUGCUGUUCAACUCAUCUACAGCGACGCGCGCAUCCAAAGCGAAGCCAAAGCAUGCCCGACCUGCUUUGCAGCGCGCUGAAGCGGUGGAAAGCCUUGUGGCCGCCCAGCAGCAGGGGCAGCAAGCAGGAGGCUUGAGAACCAAUGGGCACACCGCAAUAGCAGGUGAUGUGCAGACACGCGAAGUUGCGGUGGACGAUGGUGUGGGCACAAUGUUGUCCAAGGAGGCGAGCGCCGUGUCUGUGUUUCGGUCCCUGUCGACGGCAUCAUCAACAUCGUCGCCCUUAUCCCGAACAGCGAGUGCUGAUGCCAGUACCACUGCUAGUGCUGUGGAGGAAGUUGCUGCCAGUGAGACGCACGCCACCGUCAAGAUCACCGUCUCGCCAGCUGCUGCCGCCACCACCACAGCAACAACGGCGGGCGAUGUGCGUGUAGGUGCAGUCGACGACGACACUGAUGAGCAGCAUGCAGGAACGGUCGACUUUGCCGCGCUCUACAGCGGAUAUGUGGAGACGGCCCCGGCAACGGGAAAGACGCACGCCGUGCACCACCAGGCGGUGAGGUUGCAGACAGGUGCCAGCGUGCGACCACGCUCCAUUCGCAGAGUGGACGUACAGCUGAACAUGGCCGGUGGCUGUUCGGUGGUGGACCUGGAGAGCCGGCGCACCAUCUGCACCAUCCGCGUGCACCAGUUGCUUGCAUGCACGCUGGAGGUGUCGCCGCCGUGCCCUGCGCUCGAAAACGCGUGUAUGCACGUGUGCAUUUCACGCCGCCAUCCCGCUGGCCACGUGUUCACCCACGUCUUUACCAUGCACGACGAAUCGAAGCUCAGAUCGUUCGCAGAGCGCUGGCUCAUCCACGACGAACUUGAUGGCCUUGAUUUGCAGCAGAAGCGGGUUGUGUUGGAGCAGCACGUGCACACGCUUGACGCCGCGCACCAGAAGACGGUGCACCGGCUGGUGAAGAAGUUGACGCGCCCUGGAAUGGACGAGGCGGCGCACGUUGCCCUCCUCCUCGACGCAUUCCUCGAGGUCAAGUACUCCACGGGCCGUGCUGCGUCAUUCUCAAACCUCAAGCGGUCGCUCACCGCCUCUCUCGAUUCCCUCCUCGCAGCUGCGCCAAAGCAGCCGCUUCCUUCGCGGCGGCCCGGGUCCUCGCGCCUUCGUGUGCAGCAGUCGACUACAGCUGGAGCGGCCGGCGGUGGACAUGUGAGCGGUGGCGCUGACCAUCCGGAGUGGAAACGCGACAUCUUCGACAAAGUGUCGACACGGCGGCCACAUCUCGUGACACCCACGCGGCACCGGGCCCGCGGGCGGCGCAGUCGCCUCGCCUCUGCCACUGUCGACAUGACGCGCUCUGAAUUCGUGCGGCAGCGGUGGCGAAAGGCGGCGCAACAGCAGCUGUUGCUUGUGCGCAUGAGCUCUCUCAAUGCGCAGCUGGAGGCGGAGGCCGCGGAGGUGGCCAUGCGCAACGCGAGCGCAGAGCAGGAGAGGAAGCGCGCGCUUGCAGAGGAGCUGUGGGAAGCGUUGUUGUCGGCGCCAGCGCCCAUACUCGAUGAGGCUGAGACGUGGGCCAACCAGCAGCUUGCGACUGCGUUUGAUGCCGGGGUGUCCUCUGGCCUGCGCGGUCACGUGUGGUUGUGGGCGGCAAAGCGGCGCCUCUCUGCGUGUGCGCGCGUUCGCUACUCCUACUUGGACCUGUUGGUGGAACCAAGCAUCUAUAUUCACGCCAUCCAAAUCGAUAUUGACCGCACGUUUCCCGAGCAUCCCCGCUUUGCCAGUAAAACUUCCGCCAUCAAGCGCUCGCUGCGCAAUUGCAUGAAGGCGUAUUCCAUCUUGGACGAGGACGUUGGCUACUGCCAGGGCAUGUCCUUUGUUCAGGGCUUGCUUCUCCUCCACUUGCCGGAGGAGGACGCCUUUGCGGCAUUUGUGUCGCUGUUGUACGACGUUGGCCUUCGCAACCUUUACAUGCCUGACAUGUAUGCACUGCAGCGCUCGUUGUACUGCUUCUCGCGACUCCUGCACGAUCGCGUGCCGGGCGUCUUCCACCACCUUGACCAGUUCUCCGUCGAGCCCUUCCUCUAUGCAACCCCGUGGUUCCUCACCUUCUUCAACACGCAGUUCACCACUGAAUUCGCCGAAGUCGUGCUUGACCACCUGCUGGUGUUUGGGGAGCUGGUGCUGUACCGCGUCGGGCUUGCCCUCUUGGAGAGCGCGUCGGAGUGCGUGCGUUCGUGCAACGGCUUUGAAGAGACGCUGCGCUGGCUGCAGACAGAGCUGCGCACACACGCGCACGAGCGAGUGGACGCCAUCAUGAGCCGCGUGCGCAGCAUGGACGUGUUCAUGAGCGACGUGCGCGCCAUCGAGCGGGAGUACGACACCAUGCAGAGCGCACACGCAAAGGACUCGCAGGAGAUGCAGGAGAUGCGGCGCGACAACGUGUUUCUGCGCCAGCACGUGAACCACGCUAAGGCAGCGCUGCAGUCGCUGCGUGUUGAGCGCGACCUGUGGAAGACGCGCACGCGUGCGAUGCAGCGGUAUGCACGGGAGAUGGCGAGCAUCCUGCAGCAGCACGGACUGCCGCUUCCAUCGGUCAAUGAACAGGACACGUUGGAAUGCCGCGAUCGCGAUGAGUUUGAGCUCUCGCAGGCGUUGUUCCCGCCAAAAGCACAGGAUAAGGGACGUGACAACGCGGAGCGGCAAGCAAGCGAGCAGCAAGAAGUGGGGAAAGACUUGCGAACGGGGAGCCAAACAUAA